CAGUCGGAUAUUGACGAUUCGGAUUAUGCGGAGAACAGCCCGGAAGCCGAGAUAAUAGCACGCGGCCGACUAUCUGGCAGAGUGUACAAGGAAUAUUUUCACCACGGCGGCAACUACUUUACCCUGUUCAUGUUGCUGCUGCUCUUCGUUAUCAGUCAGGUUGCCACCUCAGGGAAUGAUUACUGGCUCUCGUACUGGACCAACUUGGAGACUGUCAGGCACAUUAACAACACUAGUGAGGUCAAAGAGUUCGCAAACAUGUACAACGACAGUUUCCUUGGGUCGAUCUUCACGCUGAACUCAGACGGCUUGCUCAGUACUGUAGAUGCUAUAUACGUAUACACAUUCUGCAUCAUCGCCUGUACUGUUACCACGCUGCUCCGGAACUUCCUCUUCAUGAAAAUCUGCGUGAACUCGAGCUGCAACCUGCACAACUCCAUGUUCUCCAGUCUGGUACAGGCGCGCAUGUCCUUCUUCCACAUUAAUUCUUCUGGGAGAAUUUUAAAUAGAUUUUCGAAGGACAUGGGCACUAUGGACGAGUACCUGCCCAAAAUCAUGUUAGGGGCGCUCCAAGUGUUUUGCGUAGUAUGCGGUAUAUUCACCAUAGAAGUGAUAAUUAAUCCAUGGAUGCUCAUACCGAUAGUAGUACUGGUCAUCUUGUUUUACUUCGUGAUGAUAUUCUACCUCAAAACCACUCAAAACGUCAAACGUCUCGAAGGCGUAACCAAGAGCCCGUUAUUCUCGCAUGUCAAUGCUACGCUGAACGGCCUGCCGACGAUUAGAAGCGGCGGCGUCCAAAUCGAGAAGAUGAUGCGAAAACAGUUCGACGUGUUCCAAGACCGUCACAGCGGCACGUGGUACCUCUUCUUAUCAAGCUCGUCAGCCUUCGGUAUUUUUACCAAUCUAGUCAUGUGCCUGUUCCUUGCCGUGCUUUGCUUCUCCCUAGUAUUGAUGAGCAAAAAUGACAGUGUAGAAGACAGACAGGUAGGUCUGGCAAUAUCGCAAUCGUUGAUCUUGAUCGGUUGCUUGCAAUAUGGAAUAAAGCAAUUCAUCGAGACGAUGUCGCUGAUGACCUCCGUAGAAAGAGUUCUUCAGUACACAAAUCUUCCCCAGGAGGGACCCAUUAUCUCGGACAAUCCGCCGUCGUCUACAUGGCCGUCCCAAGGACAAUUGAUCUUGAAGAACGUCAGCAUGAAGUAUCACAGUGACGAUCUACCGGUCUUGAAAAAUCUGAACGUAUCCAUCGAGCCUGGCUGGAAAGUUGGGGUGGUGGGGCGAACUGGCGCCGGCAAGUCUUCCUUGAUCUCUGCGCUCUUCCGUCUAUUCAACGAAGGUCUGAAGGGUGAGAUUGAAAUUGACGGUCGGGAUACGAGCACGGUAGGCCUGAGCGAGCUGCGCUGCAAGAUCUCCAUUGUACCUCAGGAACCGGUGCUCUUCUCCGAGAGUCUGCGCUACAAUCUGGAUCCGUUCAGUCAGUACGAUGACGUGAAGCUGUGGGAGGUGCUGCGGCAGGUCAAGCUGAACGAUACCGCAUUGGAUCAAGAAAUCUUUCAUGGCGGUCACAACUUCAGCGUCGGCCAGAGGCAGCUCAUAUGUUUGGCCAGGGCUAUUCUAAGGAAUAAUCGCUUGCUCGUUCUCGAUGAGGCCACGGCUAAUAUUGAUUCGCA